GACUUGUCGCCAUCUAGUGGCAGUGGAAACAAACGACAAUAAUAAUAACGUCAGCGUCAAAGUGGACGCACAACGUCAUGACGCACUUUCAUCCAAAUUUGCGCGGGUUUGCAGUUGUUAUUAGGAGGCUGUCAGCCAACGGUUGUCGGCUUACAAAAUUAAAAAUAAAAAGUUUGCCUGGGAAAUCCUCACGUCCCUUACCAUCGCUUGGAGAACCGAUAACAUGUCCAAGCGAGAGGCGUUUUUAGAGGCUGCCUGUCAGGAAAAUGUGGAAGAAUUCCUUCGCUUUAUCCAGCUUCAUAAGAACAAAACAGAGCCUUUCGAUGUGGAGGAGGUGGUGCAGGAGAUGCCCAGAGACCAGAGGCAGACUCUGUGGGGAAAACUGGCUUCACUCCUUCAGGAUGUCCUGCAGGAGUUGCCUCCGGAGCGCUGGGUGCAGGGCAGGGAUGAGGGCAUGGAAGUGGAGUUGGCUGCAGACCCUAAACAUGUCAUGGCUGUUGUGGAUGGCGUGACACUAGUGGCUGCUGUGUCCUUAAAGGUCCUACAAGACGGUGACACCUACAGUGCCCUUCUGGAAAUAACCCACAGGCUUCACGAUGUUCUAGUGUCGCUGCCUGUCUCAGAGGCACCCCUGCAGCUCCAUAUCCACAAACUGUGUGAGGCCUGGUGGAAGAAGGGGCUGAAGGAGAAAGAACAGUUUGGUCGCACUGCUUUCUUCAUCUCUCUGCAGAAGAGCUUCAUUUUGAAGAAACCAGGUGCUGAGAUCCAAAGAGUCUGGAGUCUCCAUGAUGUGCUUUGGAGUCUGGACUACACAUCAGAAGGCGACAAGCAGAUAAUCAACUUGUUGAUUCAGUGCUUUCACCGUCCUAUUUACAUUAGAAGCGAUGACGGAAAGCGAUUCCUGGUGUUUCUUUUCAGCUGGAAUGUCGACUUCAUCUGGGUUAUUCAUGGCACCAUCAAAAACCAGCUAGAGUUUUAUAGCAAGAAGAUGACCACUCAUAUUACGGAGAUCUACUUCAGAGCCUGGAAUAAGGCUAGCGGGGACUUUCUGGAGAGGAUUGAGAACUCAUGCAUUCAGGAUUUUAUGCAGAAUGCGAUCUUCCUUCAUAGAACAUCUCCUGUCCAUGCCAAAGUCCGACAGAUCGUAAGCUAUUUCCACACAAGGAAGGGCUGUAGCAAGGUGGACAAGAUGCUCUGUAAUCUCUACAAGCCCAUUCUCUGGAAAGCUUUAAGUGCUCCAAACUUUGAGGUGCGUGCAAAUGCCACUUUGCUUUUCACGGAGGCCUUCCCAGUCCAUGACCCAGAGCAGAACAACAAGAAUAUAGAUGAGGUCAUUCAAAAGCAGCUGGACACAGUGAUGGGCCUCCUUGAUGACCCUCAUCCCACUGUACGCUCCAAUGCUACCCUGGGAGUGUGUAAGAUCCUGGCCAAGUGCUGGGAGCUCCUCCCUAGUAUCAUCAUCACAGACUUCCUGAAGAAGCUGGUGAUGGAGCUGGCGGCUGACAACAGCUCCCCUGAUGUCCGGUGCUCAGUCUUCAAGUGUCUGACUAUUGUCUUGGACAACACUCUCAGCCAUCCAAUAUUGGAAAAACUCCUGCCUACUCUCAAAUACAGCCUUCACGACAACUCAGAGAAAGUCCGCACAGCUUUCCUUGACAUGCUUAUUAAGGUCAAGGCAGUGCGUGCUGCCAAGUUUUGGGAUGUGUGCAACAUGGACCACCUGCUGGCCCGUCUGGCUAUCGAUUCCCAUCCGGUUUCCAAGCGCAUUGUCGAUCUGCUCUACAAGUCCUUCUUCCCCGUCAACGAUUCCGAGAGCGAGUGGUGCUGUCGGUGCAUCACCCUCAUCCAGAUGAACCCCAUGGCUGCCAGGAAGUUCUACCAGCAUGCCCACAAACACACAGCCCCCACUAACAUAAUAAAGCUGAUGUUGGCCAUUCGCCGUGUUCUGAACAGCUGUAUCCAGACUGACACUGACCUGUCCCAGAUUAAUGACAGCAACAAGGAGAACAGUGCACAGGCUGAACCUCUACUUGGGAAAGACUUGGUCGUCGUGUCCAGUCUGCUGGAGGUUGUGGCCAUCCUGUGGAGAAGUGUCGAGAAGGCCCUGAAACAAAAUGAAGAGGCCCAGAAGUACACUGUUGCCAAGUUUGGAAAUGUCAUGGCCAAGUAUUUCCAGGCUUUUGAGGAUGAGCGGUGUACUGUUCCUCUCAUACAACUGGCCUCAUUUAUGCCCCCAGCUGCAGUUCCAACAUUCAGCUGUGGCAUCCUGUCCAGACUGAGGAGGAUGGACUCAGGAGCAACGUUAACACAGUACAGCCAGCUGUUAGACUGCAUGUGCUGCUGGGGCCAAGCUGCUGACAUCCUCGAACUCGUCACUGACUGGCUAACUGAGGCUCUGCCCAAGCAAGGGGACAAGGCGAACACCAAUCGAAGAGUGCGUAUCCAGGAGACUGUGGAGGCCAAACCAGACCUGGCACUCGCUUACCUGGAGUACCUAUUCAGCAACACGUCAACACGGGAGAAAGUCCUGGCUCUUGGUCAGAAACCUCUGAAACAGCUCCAUACAGUUCUAGGAAACUGGAGGUUGGUCCUGUACACUCACCUCAGCUCCCCGACAGAAGACCCUAAAAGUCCCAGUAUGGAGACUGCGCUGAAAGUCUUCAUGUACCACGUGCGUCUCGGUGCACAUCUGCAACAUAAUUCCUCCGAGGGUCGAGAGUACUUGCUCUCUCUGGAGCAUGUGGCAGCGUGGGUAGCUGAGAGGGUGUUGCCCUUCCUGGCUAAACGUACCAACGAUGAUGAUGACGAUGAGUCGGAGAAGUCACAACCACUGGCUGCACAGAUAACUGAGAGUUUCCUGACGGUGUGCCGAGACGUUUUACUUGUGGGUUUGGGCGACGAGACGUUCAAGGGUCAAAUCCUCCACUUGUGCUCGCUCACCCUCCUCUCCGAGGCAGGCUACCUGUGUAUUCCUGCAGUGCUCCCGAUUCUGAAGGAGGUGGUGGACAGCUACGGACCUGAGGACAACAACAACAACCCCGCUCAGGAAAAUGAGGAAGAUGCAACCACUGUCGUUCUGGGUGUGGUGGGCAACAUCUUUCAGAAGAUUGUAGAGCUCUUGGCUCGCCGUCUUAGAAAGGAACCAGAGGAGGGAAAACAGCUGUGUCAGUCAGCCGUUCCUGGCCUGACAGACUUCCUCCAAGUGGCAGUGACCUGGGACAAAGCACCUCUCAGGGGGGUCUUCUCUACUCUUUUUGCUGUCAUCAUCGUGGAGAAGAGACAUUUGCUUCAGAAGAUCACCCAUCCUGAAGAGGUGAUCGCCCCAGAGUCAGUGGAGGACAUGCCUCCUCUGUCCAGCAUCCUACUGUCUGUCAUCCUCAAAUUACCCUCUCUUACCAGGGCAUUUUUGACAGAAGUCUGCUCCUCUUUGGACUCUGAGGCCAUCAGCAGUCUGAGUGAACUAGCUUCUGUUCUGCACGUCUUGGCGGUCAUCAAACACACAGGGCAGUCUAAAGCAGGUUUGAAGAGCGCAGCCAUAUGUGUUCAGCAGCAGCUUUACAAGCAUGCAGUCCCAUCUGUAGACACCAGAGACAUCCAGGGGGUUAUUUAUGAAACUUCAUUGAAGACUUUGAAUGAAAUUCUGGAUUUAUAAAUUGAUCUGUUUGAUGUGUAAUAACUGCUAGACAUUUGUAUUUUAUGAAGCUAAGGAGAGCCGUAUAAUAUCAGCUUUGCUGUAAGCAUGACAGACUUUCUGUUGCUGGCAGACAAAAAUGACAUGAAAUAUUUCGACUUCACUUACCGGGCUUUU